AUGUCUACCCAGACUGCCCUUGAGCUUAGCCAAACAACUGGCGAGCGGCGACGUUCCUUUGUUGCGACUGGUCAGGUAGACCAGACCCCACUAUCCACACCGAAAGCGGCCAGCAUCUCAGCACGGUCUUCAUACUUUCCAGACCUCGCGGGGCAGGGCAAGCGAGUUGGCUUCUCCGAGUUGCCCCCAACAAGCUCAAUUGCAAUCACACCAGCAGGCGCGCAAACACCAGCCGGCGCGUCGACUCCAGGAUGGACCACGCCAGGCACAGCAACGCCCGCAGGCUGGAUGAGCCCGUCAGGCCAAGCGACCCCAGGAUGGGCGACUCCGAAAUCUUCCCAGAUGCGCCCGUUGAUGUUUCCCGAAGAAGCGUACCCCGACAUAGGCUCCAUCCACACGUGGCGCGGCGUCCUGAUCUUGGUCAUUACAUGCGGCGCGCAGCUCAUGGAUAACGUCUUCAUGACCGCUGUCAACCUGUCCCUUCCAGAAGUGCAGGCAGAGUUCAACGUCUCGUCUGGCGACCUUCAGUGGCUUCUGUCCGCAUACACGCUUACCUUUGGAGGGUUUUUGCUGUUUUCUGGGGUGCUGUCCGACAGAUACGGGAGAAGGCUAAUCUUCAGCGCUGGCAUGUUUUGGCUUUCCAUCUGGACACUGGCAAACGGCUUCGCUACCUCCUUCAUCCAGAUUGCCAUCUUCCGCGCGCUCCAGGGGAUAGGCGCGGCCAUGACAGUGCCCUCGGCCAUUGGGAUCAUCAGCUCCCACUUUGUCGCCAGUGAGCGAGUAGUGGCGCUGACCUUUUUCGGUGCAAGUGGCGCCAUCGGCUUUUGUGCGGGUCUCCUGUUUGGCGGCUUCGUGACUGAAGCGCUGGGCUGGCGGUACAUCUUCCGCAUCGCCGUCGCAGUCACAACCCCGCUAGGACUUGUCGGCUGCUUCUAUCUUCCCAAGGACCGCCGCGAAGGCAGCGCCAAACCAAGUCUCGACUUCCUCGGAGCAGGUCUUUCCACCUCAGGCUUGAUUUUGCUCUCCUUCGUCUUGUCCAGCGGAGGCGAGUACGGCUGGAACAAAGCCUUCAUCAUUGCUCUGCUGGUCAUCUCGGUCGCUAUGCUCGGAGUCUUUACGUACGUGGAGAAGAAGGUGCGGAAUCCGAUCAUGCCAAUGUCACUCUGGAAAAUCAAGAACUUUGCACCGUUGUGGAUCACGGGGUUUGUGGUGUAUGGGGCUUAUCAGACCGUGAUCUACUACGUCGUAUUGCAGGCCCAGGAGGUCGCGAAGCUGUCAGCAGGCGCCACUGCACUGCGCUUCCUGCCAAUGGGCGCCGCAGGCUUCGCGACGAACAUGGUUCUUGCCAAGUGGAUGAAGUAUAUGGACAUUCGCUAUCUCAUGUCGCUCGGCAUGGUGACGACUCUGAUUUCUCCUAUCCCUGCGAGUUUGAUGCCAGCAGAAGACCCCAGCUUCUGGCGAUACAUCCUGCCUACCUCGGUCAUGGUCGUCGUGGGUGUUAGCAUCUGCUACAUCUGUAUCACCAACAUCAUGCUUGAGUCUGUUCCCACCAACGUGAAGUCUCUGUGCGGUGGGCUCGUCAACACAGCAUUCCAGAUCGGAUCGGGCGUCAGUCUCGCGCUUGCCGCUGCUGUUGUGGACGCCGUCGAUAUCAAAAAGGGGCACACCAAAGCGAAGCAGUACCAAACGGGUCUCUUCUGCUGUGUCGGACUUGCUCUUCUUGGACUUCUUGUUUCAAUGGGCGGCAUGCGGGGUCUUCGCAAAAGCCUCGGUGGUGCUCAGGUUCACUAG